AUGUCUCGUGUCUGUUUUCUUCAGGUCAGACGAGCAUUCAGUGUUUGUUCUGCAAGAGCCCAUGAGAACCCACUGGGUAUACCGAGAAAGUCUAGCCAGGCACCCCAAAUUCCUAGCAGAGGAGGAUUACCAGUGCGACAGAAAAUCCCGGGAGUCAAAAAGAUUGUGGUAGUCGCCUCGGGAAAAGGGGGCGUUGGCAAAUCAACAGUCUCCGCGAAUCUGGCCGUUGGAUUAUCGAAGCUGAAUUUGAACGUCGGAUUGCUCGAUGCUGAUGUGUUUGGACCAAGUGUUCCCAAACUGAUGAAUCUAAGUGGAGAGCCCAGAUUGAGUGACAAUAAACUACAACCGCUUGUGAAUUAUGGCAUUCAAACGAUGUCAAUGGGCUACCUGAUUCCUACGGAACAGAGUGCUAUUGUCUGGAGAGGUCUAAUGGUAAUGAAAGCGCUGCAGCAGUUGCUGUUUGAAGUUGCUUGGUCCAAUGUGGAUGUACUUGUUAUUGACAUGCCCCCUGGGACCGGUGACGUGCAAUUGACCAUAAGCCAGCAAUGUAAGGUUGACGGUGCUGUCAUUGUAUCUACUAGUCAAGACGUUGCUCUGAUUGAUGUCCAAAAGGGUAUGACAAUGUUUGAGAAGGUGAAAAUUCCAAUCAUGGGCUUGGUAGAGAACAUGAGCUACUAUCAAUGCCCCAACUGUAACCAUCAAGAACACAUCUUCGGUGACAACGGUGUGGCCGAUGAGGCUGCAAAGCAGGGAGUAGAGGUCAUUGCCUCUGUCCCACUGAAUAAACAGAUUUGUUUGCAAUCAGAUAAAGGAAUGCCAAUAUCCGUGAACGAGUCAGAUCCCUUGGCCAAACCAUACUUGGACCUGGCUAAAAAAGUCAAGCAAAAGCUGGGCGUGUGA